AGGCUUUGGGCCAAAGCCGCGCGCGCAGCGGCGCGCGGCGCGCGGCGCGCGAUGCCGUACGGGCGCGCUCGGGGGUUGGCCUGUUGCUGCCUGGCCUUCGGCGUCGUGCGCGCCGCGGCCGAGGUGCGCCUGAGUCCGGCACUGCAGGAGGCUGCCUCGCAGGCGGAGGCGGAGCGGGCGGUGCAAGGCAUCGCGGACAUGGACUGCUGGGAAAAACACGUCACUUACGAGCCGCUGGACAUGAAGGACGGCGCGGGGGCCAUCAACGUGACGAGGGAGCCCACGCCCCUAGCGUGCCAGCAGCGCUGCGAGCAGACCUCGGAGUGCAUGCACUUCGCGUACUGGGUGCCGCAGGGCGACUGCCACUUGCAGGAUGUGUUCGCCAUCCGCAACACGAAUCGGAUUGGCUUCGUUUCUGGGCCGCAGCGGUGCUACAGGGACGAUGAGGAUGCGCUAAGCCACGGCAUGGCCAGGCUGCGGUCCAAGGGGGUCGGGGACUACACCUUCGUGCCCGUCGAGUUCAGUUGCCUGGAGGUGAGCACGAUGUACAAUGGCUUCCGAAACGUGCAGCCCACGAGCUUCAACGUCACCCCCGCCAACCAGGACCCCCUGCAGGCGAUGAGCCGGUGUCAGCAGCUUUGCCGGGACACCGAGGGGUGCGCGCACUUCACCAUCGGUGCGCCCGGGCUCCAGUGCGCGCUCGCGGGUGCGAAAUCGGCCUCCGUUUUCCCUAUUUUCAGGCACGUGUCUGGCCCCCCCGACAACUGCACCGAGCUCUUGUACCAAAAGAUCGGCCGACCGACGCAGACCACCACAGCCGUGGCGAACAUGGACUUGGGGGGUGCCGCACCCGAACAGCGUGGGGCUAUACAAGCAGACGGGUCCGGCGCCCCCGUGUGGCUCUGGGCGGUCGUGGCCCUGGUCGGCUUGUGUUGCCUGGCCGCGGUGAUUGCAGCGGCCGGGAUGAGCUCUGCAAAGAACGACAGAAAGAAAAGGAGCAUCGAGCGCCUGGAGGACGAUUCGCGGCCGGAUUCUUUCAUGGUGGACAACUCUCUGUCAGAGGAUCCGCCGCCGCGCGAGGCCUCGGCGAGAUUCCCCGCGCAAGCGGCGGCCACACUGCGGGCGCCCAUGCAGGGCCCGCUGCGGCCGAUGCUGACGGCGCUCACCCAGUGGCCGUGGUCCCCGUGGGCGCCAGCCCAGCGGCAGUUUCGCUACACGGCGGUGCCUUCAGCCGAGAAGGUUAUGAACGGAUUCGACUCAAUCGACCUCAACCACGACGGUGUCAUCGAUCGGAACGAGUUCAACCAGGCGCUCGCGCGCAGCCAGCCGCGGGCCACCACGUACGCCAUCCCGCGGGCCGCCACCUACGCCCACCCGCGGGCCGCCACGUUUGUCGCCAGCCCGCGAGCUCCGCCCAUGGCGAGCGUGCAGGUGACCGGGCCCGACCUGAACCGCGACGGCAUCCCCGACGCCCUUCAGCAGGCUCCUGGACCGCUGGCGCAGGCGUUCUCGGUGUCGGCGCGCCCAAGGCAGCCGCCGCCGCAGCCGGCGAGGCUACUGUCGGCGCCGCACUUGCCGCACGCGCCGCAGGCGCCGGCGAGGCUGGUGUCGGCCAGCCCGCGGCCGCUGCCGCCGCCGCCCCACGGCGCGCGGCAGGCGCUGCCCCUGGCGGGCUCGCGGUUGCCGGCCGAGCCCGUAGCCAGAGGCGGCCUGCGCUGAAGGCCUUGGCGAUUGGGCGAGCAGGGCUCCGAAGCCACCGCUACCAGAUGUAAUUUGUGUCGACGGGCAAUGCCGCUGUCCUCGCACUGGCUUGUAUGCUUCGUGUCUUUCUCACGGCAGCGACAGCAGCUGCCCGUAUUCAGUUCCCACCGUGUUCGCGCGACAAAGGGCGCCAGUCUCAGGUAGGCAGACACGUGUAAGAAGUAUUCGAUUGUCGAACGAAGCUUUCGGCAGGCUGGCACGCACAAACAUUGUAUGUUUGGCGAACGGAAAAGGCCCAUGGUUGG